AUGGAUGCGGGCCUGCUGCCCAAGAUAAAAUGCUCCAAUUGUGGAAUGAGCGUGGAAAUUUCCGCCAUGGGAGAUCAUGUGUGUGCCAAAACCACGCCAGCAAUACCUUCACCCUCCCAAUCGCCUCCGCCGCCACCACCUAAAUCCGACAAUGUGUUGCCCUCUAGAAGUCCGAGCGAUGCCUUGGCCUCGAAAGCCGGAAGGUCGGGGCCUCCGCCUCGCAUCGAUCCUGCAAUGGCCAAUCGUCCUUUCCUGAACCCCGGAAGCCCGAUAGCCGACCACGACCCUCUCAUCCCCUCCCCUCUUUCUACCUCGACCGGGGUCCGGUCUCCCUUCAGGGCAUUGCAACGAAGUCACACGUCCCCUUUGCCCGACGAACCGCAAUCUCCAGACUCGAUCAACCUGGAAACCGCCUUUGCAUCGUUUCCUCUACCCCGCUCCAUGUCGGACAGGCGGCCUGGUGGGAUGUUGGACGUCAAGAGCGCCAAGGCAGAACCGCCAAUACCAUCCCCGCGAUUUGGAAACGCACUCAACCGGGCGGAUGGCCGCGCAGACGAUGUGCCUCCGCCACCGCUACCGAAAGAUGACCCCCCGUCUAUUGGCAUGAGCGCGAUGCACAGGUAUGGCGCGUCGAUGGACAGUAAAAGCAGUUAUAGGACGUCACUGGCAAGCACGCGGUAUGGAGACAACCGCAACUCCAAACGGUCGACUUCCAUGUCGAGCCGCCGGCCGUCAUUCGGAAGCGUGGCGCACGACCCUUAUAAGUACUUGGAUGAUGCCCCUCCGGUGCCGUCUGCUGCUCCGCAGGCGUUGCUGCAUCCUUCGAGGAUCUCUCAGUCCUCCGUGGCCGAAGUCGCGGACAAGCGUGAAGGCAGGGGUGAAAUCUACAGUGGCUUCGAUUUUGGCGUUUCGGAAAGGCCAACAAGCGCCAGAGCAGAGAUUGACCAUGUCCACGCAGGCUCAUUACGAGUCUCAUCACACAGCGGUUCCGAUCGCCUUAGCGGCUCCCGCGGGUCAGCAGAGCUCUUCUUCCAAAGCCCGGCGCAGAGUGCCUACGGACCCCCGGUCGACUUUGAGCUUCCCGAAGAGCCUCUGGCCUCUCCUGCCACCCCGGCAAACGGGGAAUACAAAGCUUUCAAACCCUCAAGCUCGGAGUUUCUUCAACCCGCGGAUGCGGAAUCAGCACGCCCCAACGAGCGAGAGACGAAUCAAAGGAAGGACUCGGAUUCAGCCAGUGAAGGGAAUAUUUCGGUCUCGAAUUUUGCGCGAGCCCUGGGACUGGAUGUCCCCGAGAGCAACGUGAACAAUUCAAUCACCUCGUCCGACUCCUCGCCUUCCGAGACGCGGAGCGGGACGUCUCUAUCCAGUCUGCCAUCGGAAGCCAGCAUGUCGCGACGGAAACCUUCCGACCAGGGUCGUCUGGGUCUUGUUGUGGAGGAGCUGCAGGGUGCAAAGAAACCCCAGGAGGCUGUGCUAGAGCACGCUGUUACUGAAAGCCCGACCGCUCUCGAGCCCCCUCGCAUGCCAGAAACUUUGUUCAGUCCGGACUCACCAACCGACCCCGCCAUCAGCCAGGGUAGCCUCUCACUCAUUUCGGAGAAGAUCCCUCGGAGUCCAGAGCAGUCACCCCGACCACCUGUGCGGUCCGCGACAGCUCCGGUGCCGCGGCCUGCCCCGCGUCCCAAGGGACCCUGCCGUGGUUGCGGUGAUAUGAUCAUGGGCAAGUCCGUGUCAUCCGCCGAUGGCCGUCUGACAGGUCGAUACCACCGCGCUUGCUUUGUGUGCCACCAAUGCCGGACGCCCUUUCAGACGGCCGACUUUUACGUCCUGGAGGACCGCCCGUAUUGCGCCCAGCACUAUCACGAGCGCAACGGCUCCCUGUGUCAGACCUGCCACACCGGAAUCGAGGGCCAGUACCAGGAAACAGUGGAGCGUCGUGGCCGUGGGCCCGCGGACCGUCAGAAGUUCCACCCCGAUUGUCUGAAAUGCCGCACCUGCCAAAUCCCUUUGAAAGGGGAGUAUUUCGAGUGGUAUGGCCAGGUCUACUGCGAGCGCGAUGCCCGACGGGCUGCCGCGGCGACGCCGCCACCGCCUCGUCCGCACCGCCCAACCAUGCCUUCCUCUCCGCUGGCGCCGUCCAUGCGUGGAUAUCCUCCACCUCCCGGGUACCCGGGCCCUGGACCGGCCCCUGGGCCUGGACCUGGCCGAGGCCGUGGUCGUGGUGGUCUUCGACCCCCGGGACCGAUGGAUGGACCGUACGCAGCGACCGGGCCACUCCCGCCUGCCCGACGCUUCCCCGAGCGGCGGACCACCAAGUUGAUGAUGAUAUGA